AUGGCGUUCCCACCACUAAUAAUAGCCAUAAUAAUCACCACACCUGUGGUGGUCACUGGGCUGGACCUGUUGGAUGUGAUUACACCCGUGUGCGCCACGAUGUCUAUGAAUGGUAUAUUCAAUGUAUAUCACCACAACUUGGUCACCCUUAUCAUGAGGUGCGCGCCACAUAUCGUAGCGAUGAUAACCGCCACACCACUUAUGGUCUAUGGCUCUGACAUAUUGGAUCCCUACGCCCAGUGCGUCGACCGCUUCCGGAUGUGCGCCCAGGCGUUCACUCAAGAGCUCAAAGACUCCAAGAGUCAGGUCCCGGAGCCAAACGGCACUCGUGGCUACUGUUGCGCACUCACGCGCCUGAAGGACUGCGUGGUUGAACACGUGGGCGACAAAUGCGGCGUAAACUACAUGAAUGGAUUGGUUGUAGGCGCCCGACCAGCCAAGAGUAUGUUUUACGCGGCGCUCAAUGGCAUAUCCACGCCGUCCGAUGAUUGCGACGACUACCGGGGCUUUCGAGGCGCUGUGUUGUGUCAGCCGGAUUGGCUGUUGAUUGUGGAGGCGAUUGUUGUGGUUUUACUGUUCCUGAUGUCGGUGUCGGCGGUGAUCUGGUGCUGUUAUCGUAGAUUACGUGGUGGUGUCCCACCCUAUCAGAUGCUGUUUAAUAGGUUUGUCCACUGA